AGACGAACUCCGUUCCCGGAUGUGAAUUGAUAUCUCUGAAGCUCAAGUUAACUUUCCGUUGUUAGUGCAUGGAAUAAGAAGACACAAUGAAGAACUCUCAAGCCUUCCUGGCCGUAGCUGUCUUCCUAUUGGUCCAUUCAAACGUUGACGCCUUGACCAGACCAUCAUCAAUCCGAUUGGACAAUAACAGCUACACUGGUGUAGUGGUUGCCAUUAACAACCAGAUAGCAGAGAGUGACGUACUGAUUCAACGCAUAAAGGACAUGUUCAUCGAAGCUUCGAAGUAUCUUUAUCAAGCGACAAGAAAACGAGCCUACUUCAAAGAGGUGACAAUCCUGGUGCCGAAAACAUGGACCCCUAAACCAGAGUACGAGUUGCCUGGCAACGUGACGUUUGAUUAUGCUGACGUCAUUGUGGCGCCACCCAAUCCACGAUGGGCUCCUCUGACGUAUACCAAGCAGUACCAGGGAUGUGGGAAACAGGGCGUGCAUAUUCACUUCAUGGAUGCAUUUUUAACGGAUCCCAAUACGGAGCUUUACUACGGUCCACUAGGGCGCACACUCGUUCACGAGUGGGGUCAUCUUCGUUGGGGGUUAUUUGAUGAGUACCCGGAUGCUGUGGGGGACCCUGAUAAUUACCAAGAGUUUUACUUCUCACCAACAACGAAUCAGUUUGAAGGAGUCAGAUGUUCCUACGACUACAACAGCGUUCCUUUAAUCUUCUUUCCCGAUAACUUCUUCUACCGUGAAUGUAACGGAGGGCCUGACGUUGGGUACGAGGAUGGCUGCGUGUAUUACGUAUUAGUGGAGCAGGAUUCGGUGACGUCAUCUAUUAUGUAUGGAACCUAUCCACUGACAGAGAUCAGCUAUUUUUGUGACAACAAUGAAACAGACACGCCAAACCUGCACAACCGGGAGGCACCUAACAAGCAUAAUCGUCUAUGCGGACGUCGGAGUAGUUGGGAGGUGUUACGAGACCAUGUGGACUUUGCAGGCGAUAUCAACCAACCACGAGAUCUGACUGCAGAUGAGUUGAUACCCAAGUUCACCAUUGUUCAGCACCGAGACGUCCGUGUUGUACUCUUAGUAGACACCUCUGGUAGUAUGAAUACAGACAACAGGUUCACUAAGAUGAUUAGCUCAUCUGCCAAUUACAUCUCCUCCAUCGUGAAUGAUGGCAGCUACAUCGGCAUUGUAGAGUUCAACUAUCUCGGCAUCAUGCUGAAGAACCUGACGCUGGUUACCAGCGAUGACGACCGCCAGGCAUUGUUGGAUGCUCUACCACCGAAAGCCGAAGGAAGCACAGCCAUUGGUGAUGGGCUACUGAAAGCAAUUGAGGUGUUGUCCGAAGGAGGGCAAGAUCCAGCUGGUGGGAUCAUCUUACUGAUUACUGACGGAGAAGAAAGGGAAAGGCCCUUUAUCGCUGACGUCAUAGAUUUCGUCAGCGACUCUGGAGUUAUAGUGGAUACGCUAGCCUUCACGCAGUAUGCUGAGUCGACGCUACCUGAUCUGUCGUUAGCGACGGGCGGCAAAGCAUUUUUCUACUCCAACGAGCCUGGGUCCAACACUCUGUACGAAGCUUUCGCUGCGACUAUGGAGAGAGGUGACGUCAUCGAUGCUGAAAAACGCGUGCAGCUUUUGGGGACCUCUUGGGUUAUCAGCGGUGGACAGUUAAGAGAGGGCGGUGUCUUUAUGGAUAACACUAUCGGGAAAAGGACAGAGUUCGUAUUUUCGUGGACAGCGCAAAAUGUUAUAGGUAUUGAAGUCACCCUUACGAGCCCGAAUGGUAGUGUCAUCAACUCCUCGUUUGAAGGCUACGGAGUUGACGUCACGUUUAGAUUACUCACCAUCAAACUACCAGGAAUCGCUGAGCCCGGUGCGUGGGAUUUCGCAGUUCUCAACUCGGACGCCCGAUCCGACGAAGAAGUGUCAAUCACAAUCUCCUCCUACCCCGUAAGUGAUGACGUAGAGCCGAUUAUCGUGACGUCAGAGUUAAGCGGGUCCAUAACAGCGUUUGCGCAGGGAGAGCCGUUGGUGGCGUACGCUGAGCUGCGUCAGGGAUUCAGUCCUAUUAUCUACGCUAAUGUGUGGGCAACUAUCGAGAGACCAGGCGGGUUCCCACCUAUCAUGGUACAAUUGUUAGAUAACGGAGCAGGUGCUGAUAUCACCAAGUACGACGGGGUUUACUCCCGGACCUUCACCGAGUUCACCGGCAUUGGAUUCUACGGGAUUAAAAUCGACGUUGACAAUAACCAGGGCAAUGCUAUCGUCAUUGAUGCCUCACCGUUCUCUAAAGCUCGACCAAUCAUCAACCCGGAUCAAGUGUUCGAUCUCCCAGAUAUAGGUGGUUUCCAGAUCCCAACACCCGGUACCCCUCCCCAGGAGCCGAAAGGCCGAGCCGCCCCGAUGUUCAGUCGAGGUAUCUCCGGUGGAUCAAGCCGUGUGGAUGAAGUACCCGCUGGCUUCACACCCGGAAAUGAUAUCUUCCCACCGGGCAACAUUAUUGACCUCAGGGUCACGGCGUCCUCGUUCGAGAAUAAGACCGUGACGCUCAUGUGGACUGCACCUGGAGACGACUUGGACCUCGGAGCAGCCUCUCGCUACGAGAUUUUUAGGGCAUCUUCAAUCAUCGCAUUGCAGAACGAUUCCAACCCCGACUCACACUACAAGCUGACCUCAGAUGACCUCCUACAAGGUAACCUCACAGCACCACAGGACUACGGAACCCGUGAGGUUUUCAUCAUCGAGGUACCAGUGAAUGCCUCAUCGGUGGCGUCAUACGCGUUCGUCAUGCGCGCUUAUGAUGACGCCGGUCUGGUAUCCGAUUUCUCUAACGUCGUUCAGGCAACGUUGAGGGAGUACAUUCCACCCUCGGGACCCUCCUCAGAGGGGCAGGGAGGCCUGACUGGUGGACAGAUAGCGUUGGUUGUUAUUUUCAGUGUACUUGGAAUCGUUCUCGUCAUCGGUAUUGCUGGCGCCAGCUUCAAAUAUUUGACGAAACCGAAGAAUACUAAAACUGUUGACGUCGAAGGGGAAAACACAGAUAAGAAAAAGGACGGGAAUGCUAAUAAUGCAUACGUUGUAGAUGCAUGAACAACUGUUAUUUAAUGAAUUUAGGGAUACAUGUGUCACGACUGAUUACAAUAAUUAUAGUUUUUAAUUUUUUACGGGGUAUUUAGCAUCGAUCAAUCAAUAAGAAUCAAUAACAACGUCAUAACCAUUAUGGAGUUGGUUGUUUAAAGGUUCCAGUGUUCAUUUAUGAAAACGGUGAGAUAAAAGUAUUAGCAUCAUGUAACAGCGAUGUUUUGAUACCUUCCGAGUACAAUUUGUGUCUAAAUAAGAUCACAUCGAUGACGUCACAUUUUAUGUACAGGUCUAUAAUUGUUUUUGUAUGCUUAUCAAUCUUAAAAUGAAUUUGACUUCUGAAUGUCGCAAAACUUCCCCUUUGAAUUGUAUAUACCCUUUUGUUUGUUUAUGUCCGGUGACGUCAAGUUUCAGAUUUCACUUGUAGAGUCAAAUAAACGAUAUUUAAAGGGAAGGUACACGUUUGGUAAUUGUUAAAGACCAGUCUUCUCACUUGGUGUA